ACUGCUGAACCCGACCCCGACACCACGAAGAAGAAAGGAAAACAACGCGUCGAGGUGUGUACGGUGUACUUGAUGCCGGCCUGGAAGGUUUAUACCCGCUAACCCGCUGGCAAACACACAGCUAAACGCAACCUUCCUCCACCAAUUCCGCUCCCUCCUCCGCAUCUGCAUCCCAACCCCAACAUCGCCCCCCUCCCUCCUCCUCCUAACUAAUUCCAUUUUCCUCCUCCUCCGUACCCUCCUCUCCCUCCGCGUCGCAUCCCUCGAUGGCCAACUCGUCUCCUCCCUCGUCCGGGCGCGCCCACGCACGUUUUUGUGGCGGCUGGGAGAGUGGAUGCUCAUUGCUGUCCCGGCGACGUAUGUUAAUGCCAUGUUGGGGUAUUUGCAGGGGAGGUUGGGGAUGGAGUAUCGGGGGCGGUUGACGAGGGUGGUGGUGGGCGAGUAUCUGAGGGAUAAUAUGUUUUAUCGGAUUGGGAAUUUGGAUGAGAGGAUACAGAAUCCGGAUCAGCUCCUAACAGUCGACAUCGCUAAAUUCUCCUCCUCCCUCGCCGCGCUCUGGGGUAACCUAGCCAAACCCAUGGUCGACAUCAUCAUCUACUCCAUCCAACUCGGAAACGCGGUCGGCGGUGAAGCACUCCUCACCAUGGCCCUCUUCGUCAUCGGGUCUAGUCGUCUUCUCCGCGGACUUACGCCACCGUUUGGGAGGUUUGCGGCCGAGGAGGCGAGGUUGGAGGGGGAGUUUAGGGGGGUUCAUGCGAAUGUUAUCGAGUGUGCGGAGGAGAUUGCGUUGUAUCGAGGACAUGAUCCGGAAAAGACGACGUUGGAUACGAGUUAUUUCUCGCUCAUUAAACAUAUUAACCGCACGCUCCGACGGAGACUCUGGUUCAAUACAGCCGAGGACUUUAUUUUGAAGUAUGUUUUUGGGGCGGCUGGGUUGUUGCUUUGUGCUGUGCCGGUGUUUGCGGGUGGUGCGGAUUUGGGGAAGGCGACGGAGGAGUUUAUUAGGAAUCGGAGGUUGUUGCUCGCCGGAUCAGACUCGUUCGGGAGGAUCAUGUACUCCUACAAAGAAAUCUCGGAACUUGCUGGGUACACGAGUCGCGUUUCUUCCCUGUUCGACACCAUGCGCGAUAUCGAGGCAGGAAAGCUCCAAAAAACACUCAUCGCCACAAACCGCUCCGAAGCCGAAAAAGUCCUCGCAUCACGCGGAACAAUCAUCGAAUCCCCCAACAGUGAAAUCCAAUUCGAAAACGUGCCCAUCGUCUCCCCCAACGGCGACGUCCUCGUCAAAUCCCUAAGUUUCUGGGUCAAGAAGGGCGGGCAUUUACUCGUUGUUGGACCCAAUGGGAGCGGGAAAAGCUCGUUGUUUAGGAUUUUGGGGAGUUUGUGGCCGGUUUAUGGGGGGGUUGUGAGGAAGCCGCCUGCGAAGGAUAUUUUUUAUAUUCCGCAGAGGCCGUAUUUGAGUAUUGGGACUUUGAGGGAUCAGGUUAUUUACCCGCAUACGAAGAAGGAUAUGCUGGAGAAGGGGGUUACGGAUGAGAUGUUGUUUGAUAUUUUGAAGGUGAUGAAGAUUAGUGGUAUUGUGGCGCGGGAGGGUGGAUGGGAUGAGGAGAGGGAGUGGAGGGAUGCGUUGAGUGGGGGCGAUAAACAAAGAAUCGCCGCGGCCAGGUUAUUCUACCACGCCCCCCAAUACGCCAUCCUCGACGAAUGCACAUCCGCCCUCAGCCUCGAUAUGGAAGAAAUCAUGUACACCCACGCCACAUCCCUUGGUAUCACACUCAUGACCGUCUCCCAUCGUCCGAGCUUAUGGAAGUAUCAUCAGUAUAUAUUGCAGUAUGAUGGACAGGGUGGGUACAUUUUUACUGAAUUGGAUGCGGAGGAGAGGUUGAGGUUGGAGGAGGAGAAGGGGAGGUUGGAUGUGCUUUUGGCGAGGGUGCCGGAGAUGGAGGAGAGGUUGAGGGAGUUGAAGGAGGCGAAAGGGCAUGGUGGUGUUGCUAGUCACAGCAGUGAUGAGGAGGAGGGAAAGGAUAAUGCGUUACCGGUGGGAGAGGAGGCGAAAGUUAAGACGCAGGAUGGGGUCGUUUUGGUUGAUACCUGAGAUACACAGAUGGCUAUGGGUUCGGCGUUGGGUUUGCUUGUUACGAAUUAUCAAUUAUACACCUUUCGAUACCGGUACGGUCGUCGCGCGGGGCUGCGC